GUUUUCCCGGGAAAAGACGAAGUAAACCCCGGUGUGUUUCUAAAGCUCUGAAACUUGAUCAGACAAUGGCAGGAACAUUAAGCUGAAACUACGGUGCUAUUUAAGCAAGGGGGGGAAAAAAGGCACCAGUCCACAUUAUUGUGUUGUUCAUCUUUCACACAGCAUCAUGGAGAAGAUUACAGAGAAAAUACUGCUGGGGAAAGGCUCACCUAAAACAAACAAACUGGAGGAAAUUACCAGCAUAAAUCUCUCACGUAUGGGAUUAAAGAAACAAGAUCUCUCUGUAGCCUUGUUGAAUAAGCUCUCUGCGCUGGAGGAGUUAGAUCUUUCUGGAAACAUGCUGCAGAAGCUCCCAGCAGGACUGUCCCUUCCCCGUCUUCGUCUUCUGAAUUUCUCCAACAACGAUAUGGAGGACGUGACCUCGCUGGAGGUUCUGGCUGGCCUGGAGGAGCUGCGGCUGGAUGACAAUCUCUAUCUCACUGUCAGCGAUGAGCACAAAGUGAUGUUCCUCUUGCCCAAGCUGAAGAUCCUGAACGGGAAGGACAUCAGCGCGACAGCCAACCACAUUCGCUACGUGAACAGCGAGAUCCUUAUGAAGCGGGUGAUUGCAGUGUGGGAGAAGAGUUUCAGUCUCCCUGAUCCAGCAACUUCUCAAAGCUUGAAAGAGCUUAAGAAUAAAUUUGUAAAUGCGGCAUGCUUUCAAGUCAAAUAUGGCCCCAGCUCUUUGAACGACUACACUAAAUGGAGGGUUGAGGUGAUUGCAAAAGAAUAUUUCAAAUCGCUGACUGAUCCAGAAAAGGAGGAAGAAGACAUGACAGCAGAGACUCCUGUAAAAGAGAAUGGGUCUCCUCUGAAGAGAAAAAAUCAUGACACUGAUGAAAACUGCAAUACUGCAACCCCCCGAAAGAGAAGGGCGAUAAUCCAGGCAGCGGAACCAGAGGCUAGUCCACGCAAAUCAAGCCGGUUAACCAGCACAGCUUCGGUCGAAGCGAGUCCGAGAAAAUCCUCCCGGACACAGGGGACCCCACAGAAAUCUGACCCGAGCAUCUCAAGUCCAAAGUGCAUCAAAAUGAACACCCCCGAGGCAAAUCCGAGAAAGUCCAGUCGCCUCCAAAACACCCCAAAAAAAGUGACAGUGACGCCGGUGGUCAUGACGCCCACUGCGAAGGGAGCGAAGAAAAAUCUCAAAGUUCAGCUUGCGACUCCACAAGCAUGCAGCUCCAGCAAGACGGAAAACAGAGCAUCCUGGAAAGCAACUAAAUACCAAGUUCCCAAGGAGUCAGCCAGUCUGCAGCCUCUUCACGUCCUGCAGUGUCACAGUAAACAGGACAGUCCAGAUGACUUCAGCACCCAGCUGUGGGCCUGCGCCUUCCAGCCAACUGACGACAAAAGCAGUGCCUGGACACAAUCAGUAGCUACUUGUGGAGGAGAGACAGUGUGUGUGAUAGACUGCAAGUCUGGCCACGUGCUGAAGAAAUACAAGGUCCCUGGUGAGGAGUUCUUUACUCUGGCCUGGACCACGGUGUUAAUGGCACGCGAGGGCGGCUGUGCUCGAUCCUGCAGCAUCCUCGCCGCAGGAGGGAAGAGAGGCAUGGUGAAGCUCAUCCACCCCAGAGCUAAUCUGGCAUACGGCGAGUUCCGUGCCAGCCGUCGAGCCAUAUCCGUGCUACGCUUCAGCCCGUGCCAGACCAGCUUCCUGUUCAGUGGCGCAUAUGAUAACAAGAUCAUCAUGUGGGACAUUGGCGGGCUGGACCGAGACUACAACUUCAAAACCAGUCAGCUGAUUGUAAUGGAGACCUGCUCCACUCCUUUGCACAUCUGCCUGCCACCCGGGUCCCCAGACACACACCUCAUCUCUGGCUGCGACAACGGACUGUACAGCUUCGACAUCCAGCUCAGCAAGAACAUGCAGAAGAGGGCGGAGGAGAUGGAGAUUGUAUUUCCUGUGUACAAGAAGGGCAAUAAGGACAAUAAUUACCGCACUAUUGAUGGACUCAGCUUCCUUACAGAAGACAUAGUAGCAUCCAAGAGUCACAUGCAGGGCUCUAUCUACUUGUGGAGUUGGAGUGGUACGAGGGCGUUGUGCCAAGGGAGGAAAAAGGAGGUGUCUGCUGUGAUCCUGGCUGAACUGCAGUGGUCCAAUACAGACAUCCCAUACCUGUCUCUAAACACAUGCCCAGGCUUUGGCUACGUCGUGUGCGGAGAUGAGAAAGGCAGAUUGUGGACGUACCACAUCACGGACCUCGCAAAGGCCAACUUCAAGAGUGGAAAAGCAGUUCCUGCGACUGAGGUGCUGGAGUGGCCGUCUCCAGUGCGAAGUGGAUCAGGCCCAGUCGAGGGGCCGUCCAUUAACAGCGUUGCCAUGGAUCCCGAGCUUCGUUAUCUGGUUGCGUUAAGUGACAAGAACAUGGUGGUGGUUUGGAAACGAGAAUCUGCCUCAUGAAGCGAUCCAGUUUCAUUCUCCUUCUGUUUAUCAGGAAAUGCUUCUGAGCCACCAAAGCAAGAACAGAAGGAUCCAUUGCAGUUCUUGCACAGAACUAAAUGUAUUAGAUUUGUCCAGAUAAUGAGCAUUGAUGAGACAUAAGAAGAGAUUAAUUACUGCUGGACUGUCAUUAUGUGACCGAAAAGUAUUUUAUUCUGAAGGAUUUGUUGGGUUUGAUAUCAAUAAUUGAAAUCUUUUUUUCAUUUUUAAUCCUGUUUUAUUUUUGUUUUUAAUUACAAGUACUGUGUUUUGUUUGUAACAAAAAACAACUGUACAUAUGUAAUGAUAAAUUGUGUUUUCCUUCUGGGAAAUAAAAGAAAUGUUACGUGUGUGUUAGUAUCUAAGUGAGACUGCACAACAUUUUUUAUUAUAACAUUAUACCACAUACACGCUUACAGAUGUAUUCAUUACUAUGUAAUUUUCCCAGUGAUGAAUGUGACGUAUGUUUCCGUAUGAUCAUCUUUAUUCCUUAU